AUGGAUCCACUUAAUCCACUUAAUCCCGUGCAGUUCUACAGUCGAUCUGCCACAGCGGAGCGUUGCAGUUCCUCCUCAUCUGUUCAAGCCUCUAUUGGCAUGCUCUCUGUUGGCGCAACACAACCCCGAUCACGGGCCCAAGAGAGUAUUAACUCUAGUAGUAUUAUACAGUCAAGGGAUGCAUGGAAACAUAACCGAAAUGUACAGGGGAAAUCAAUGGAUCCAUUAAUGAAUCGUCUACAAUAUCAAUACCCAAUGAAACCUAAUGAAUAUCUCUACGGGAAAGUUCCACAUGCCUCUGAAGAACCCUCCGCGAGUAUGAGAAAACAGACCGUGGAAAAGGCAGAGAACUCUAUGAAAGCUGUACAGGAUGAAACGGUAAGUAUGCUUAGUAGAUAUCUUCCUAGAAUUACAACAGCCCAACCUACAUCAGAUUCACUAUCAAUAGAUAAACAAGGUUCAACAGAUGAAAAAUUUGUGGAUGAUCGUAUUACUCCAAAAACACUUCAAGCUUUAUUACAAAAAGGAUGUAAUAUUGCAACUAAAUUCGCUGGACAGAAAAGUGCUAAAAGACGUCAUUUACCAGUAGAAGAAAAAAUAUCUCCAAAUGCUCAUAUGGAAGCUUUACGUACACAAGUAAAACGUUUAGAACCUCCUUUUGUGGAAUAUAUGCUACAGGCAAAAGUGUUUGAUCGAUCACGUAGUGAGAAUGACCCAACCCCGCGUGAAGUACUUCCUAUUACAAGUAUAUUAUCAAAGGAAAAGAAAAAAGAACAGGCUUCUCCAGAUGAAAGUAAUUCAAAACUUAUUACAUCAUCAUCAUCUCCUUUACGUAAAAAGGAAAAUAAAUCUCAGCGACGUUUAUCUAUGGUUUCAUCUAAUUCUUCUUCUCUUUCUGCAGAUGAGGCCAAUACAACUCUUAGAGUACCUUUAACACGAUCUACCAAUGUAGGUGAUGAUUCUGGUAUUAUUGAACAAUUGGUUGCUUAUGCAGCGGCACGUCGUCGUCCAAGUUUAGGCUCUAGUGAUCCAUCUAAAAGCCAUUCUGGUAUUCCCUCUUGUCAUCCAUCGUACAAACCUAUUUUUUCUGCAUUAGAUGCUGUACUUUCUGUAAGUAAAGAAUAUGAAAAAGUACAACAAACUUGGCCAGGUGGAACAGCUAUGCAUGUUUCUGCAACUCGUCAAGGAAUUAUUAAUCGUAUUACUUCAUUAGAGUCUUCACGUGUACCUCGUGAUUUAUGGGUAACAAUUCAUAGUCCUACUUUCCCUGGAAGUAGAAGACAUUGGGAACAUGAUGUGGAAAAAGUAGUUGGACGUAUUCCUGCUAAAAGUUCACUUUUAUUUCCUGCUGUAAAAGCUACUGGACGUGCUCAGGUAUAUUUAUUAGGGGAUACACUGGAUAGAAUGUUUCAAGAUAUACCAGAUGCAUUAGCUGUAUUAGCAGAUAAAAAUAUUGCCCAACGUCUCUUACCAGAACCCGCAAAUGAUGAAUCGAUAAAUAAUAAAAGUUCAAGAGAUGUAGAAAGGUUAUUAAAUCCAGAAGCUUUACAAGAAUCCGAUACAGCACAUGUACAAUAUGUAGAAGCCGCUAAACAUAUUAUGGAAAUUGUAGAUAUAGGACUUGUAGAACUUGUUCGUCAAAUCGCAGGAUCAUGUGCAGAACGUGGGGCUUUAUUAGAUGCACUUCGUCUUGUUAUUACAGAUGUUACUUCCAGUGCUUUAUGGUUACUUGGUUAUUGUAAAGAACAGGCACGUCAUGAAGCCAAAGCCCGUCGUGAUUUAAUUGUAGAUUUUAAAAAAGAUGUGGAAGAUGCUGUUUUAUUACGAGAAGAAGUUCGUAAUAUGCGAGUGGAAGUGGAAAACCUUCGUCGUGCGAAUGGUGAAUUGGAAGGGAAAGCAUCAAAGUAUGAUACUCUAAUGGAACGUUUACAGUUAAAAGAUAAGAAUUUCUCAAAACAUUCUCCAGAGCAUCAUUUGAGUUUACUUAUGGAAUUAGAAGAGAGUUAUACACACUUAACAACGAAAGGUUUAGAAGAAUUGUAUGAUAUGUCUAAUGUUCUCUUUGAUGAAAAAGAUAAAGUAGGUGAUGCCCCUACAACACAAAUGAAUAAUUUGAAAAUAAAUGAAACUGUAUUAGCAAAGAAUGAAUUAUAUAUUGAGUCUUAUAGACUUUUAAGUGCUUUAACAGAUGCUUUACAAGCUGUAGAUGGAGCCUGUCAACCUUUAUAUGAAUCCCUUACUUUACCUAAACCCACUUCUACAGUAAAUGUAGCUUCUAUGAAAUGGGCAGAUAUUGCCCGAGUGGUGGGUUCCUUUGAGGCGGAAAAGAAACAUCGUCAACAUGUUUUUGAUGUCUUUAGUCGUUGGAAUGCCAUUCAAGACUCUAAUGAUCAUCCUACUCGGAUUUCAUCAUCUACUGGACGUGUAACAUAUGCAGAAGAUGGGGAAAAUAAUAAACAACGAGAUUUACCAAUCACUGCUGGGGAAGGAGGAAAAGAAGAAGGAGAUGUUAUUAAGGGAACAACAACAACAAUGAAUGAAAUACAAACAAUCGAUUCAAAGUCUCCACAGGGUAAAAUAACACAGAGACGACGUUUACGACCCAUCACACGAGCGGAUUUAAUGAGUAUGGGAAUAACAGAUUGCACACCAGAAGAAGUAAAUGCCUUAUAUGAUUUAAAUCUAGAUAUGGCUAAUUAUCUCCGGCCCACGUGGAUUCCCCCUGGUGAAUAUGAACUCACCGCAAAAGUUAUUCGAGAUAUGGUUCAUGAUGUCAGUGACUCUUUACGGCAUAUCACACUUCGCAUGAAUUCUCUUGCCAGCAGUACACUUUUAAAAGAUAGUUUAAAACCACUACCAAGACCACCAGAGAGACCAGAUGAUCCCUGUUCACUGUGUGGAAGACGAGAUACAGUGGCGAUGGAGAAACGGAAUAAAGGAGAGGCACUUCAACGAGUGGCAAUGGAAGUUCAACGUCGAUAUGAAGAAUUAAUGAAGAAGUGUCAAAAGGCAGAAGCGGAUAGAGAGAAUUACCACAGAGAUUUACAACGUUUUCAAAUACGUGAGAAACGACAAGUACAGGAAUGGGUACAGCGGGAAAGUGAAUUACGACAGGCGAAUGCCGCACUUGUGGAGGAGAAUCGUGAAAUGGCACAGCGAAUCUUUUUAUUAAUGCAACAAGUGAAAGGAGAAGAGUCUCAUCACUCAGAUUCAUCCGAUAGUCAAUCUGAUAGUUCACAUGGAUCUGCUGGUAGUACACAUACAAGAAAUGUAUAA